UAAGAACAUUAUUCUCCUUUGCAAAGAAAGGCUGAUGAACAUGUGCCGAAACUCCUUGCUAUAGUUAAGACUAUUGAAUCCUAUAAAUUUCACCAAUUUGCCAAGCACAUGUCCCAAUUUCAUUGCUAUGGUAGAGAAAAAGAAAGAGAGGAAAUAUUAGAUUAUAGAUUUGAGGCUCGUUACCCCCCGCCCCCCAAAAUAAAAAACCUUGACCCCUGUUACCAAGGGAAUGUCCACUCUUAUUGAAGAGGAGAUUGAGGUAAGAAAAGGGCCAUGGACCACGGAAGAGGAUACGCUCCUAACCCGUUACAUUGGUCGUCAUGGGGUAGGUCCUUGGAAUAUGUUGGCAAAAUGUGCAGGUACCAACACAUUGAUCAACAACCUCUUUACCCUUUUCUUUAUGUUCUGGGUUGAUCUACCUUUAACUUCCUCAGGUCUUAAGAGAAGUGGUAAAAGUUGCAGAUUAAGGUGGCUUAACUAUUUGAACCCUGACAUUAAGCGCGGAAACCUCACUCUCCAAGAACAACAAUUGAUUCUUCAACUUCAUUCCCUGUGGGGAAAUCGAUGGUCAAAAAUUGCAGAGCAUCUUCCGGGAAGAACAGACAACGAGAUCAAGAACUAUUGGAGAACAAGGGUGCAAAACAAGCAGCCAUCCUCUUCUUCUUUGAAAGAAAUGAGCUCCCAAUUUUCAGUUCCUUGUCAAUUACCAGAAUGCAUCGUCCCUUCAGGUUCAGUCAUAAACAUUUCACAGCAAAUUGAAUUUCCCCAACACGAAACAAGUCCAAACGCAUAUGCCCAUACUUGUGUCGACAACAAUAACCUAGUUCUUAAUGGAAGUUACAAUAUUGGCAGAAGUGGGCAGGACAUGGAGGCAUUCAGACUGGCAUCCAUGUCAGCUGUGGGUGAAGGGUGUUGGAUAUGUAAUGAGAUGACAGAUAGUUUAUGGCAAUGUAGGGAGUUGGGAGAGAUGGGGAACUAGAUGGAGUAUUACUGGAGUCCAAUUAUCCUUCAACUUGAAGGCUCCCCAGCACAUUAUAAUCUUUACUGACAAAUCACAUUGGACUCACUACUUGUGUGAUAGUUUAAUGCUGUGGCAUAUGACCUGUGAUUAAGGUCAUCAGAAUGACUUUCAGUGGACAGUUUGAUAUGUACUAGUACUACUGCUAUUGUUUUAAGACUUAGGAAUUAAGCACCCUAUUUACAAUAAAUACUAUGUUUUCUUUUGGGUUAA